AUAGUGAGGAGACUUCGACCUAAAACAACCAGGCACAAAGACAGCCAAAGGCCAUGUUCAGACGAUGGAAUUUCUGCAAUUCAGCAUAAUUUCAGUUCCACAAAGGAUGCUAAAUGGAAUUGCGGAAUUCACCAAUGCAAAAAAGAAAAAGCCUCAGUUUAUGGAAUGUUUUCUCUACUCAGAAAAUGUCCAUGCAAAGUGGAUUUGCAAAUAUCAUCACGUUUUAAGUAUGGAUCCCAUAACGCUGGCUUCACCCAAUAAAUACUUUACAGAAAAUCAGAAGAAAUAGAUAGCUGGUAUUUCUAGCGAGAAUGGAAUGCUGUGAGUCCAUGGAUAAACUUCUGGCCAAUAAAGAUGGCCUGACUGCAUUCAGAAAUUUCUUGAAGUCAGAAUUUAGUGAUGAAAAUAUUGAGUUCUGGAUGGCCUGCGAGGACUUCAAGAAAACCAAAUCUCCCAGCCAACUGGCCAUUAAAGCCAACAAAAUAUAUAGUGAAUAUAUUAAGACUGAGGCUCCACGAGAGGUAAACAUUGAUUGCAAGACAAGAGAGCUGAUCUCCAGGAAAGUCUCCCAACCCACAGCGGAGUGUUUCGAUCACGCUCAGGAACUUAUCGUGUGUCUUAUGGCAAGGGACUCAUUUCCUCGCUUCAUGCGGUCGGAGCACUAUAAGGAGCUGGUGAAGAAGCAACAAGAGAACGGACAAAAGAGAUGGCUGUCCUUUUAGUAAACUACAGGAGGAAAACACAAAAGAUCUUUGCAGUUCAAAUAAAUGAAUAGUGAAAUGUAACAGAUUUUACAUGUAAGCAUAGAGCAUUGGUGAGUGCAUCACAUACUUCAUUCUUGUAAAAGGGGUACUCCACUGGAAAAAACAUUUUCCAAAUCAACUGGUGCCAAAAAUGUUUAACAGAUUUGUAAAUUACUUCUAUAA